AUGGGGGAGGUGGAGUCAGAACGUCUACGUAUCUCAUUUGACAUGCUAGAAAUAACAAUUAAAUCCCUUUCGAAUUACACGUUACGGUCUUACACCUUACCGUCUUACACCUUACCGUCUUACACCUUACGGUCUUACAACUUACGGUCUUGCAGCUUAUGGUCUUACACCUUACGGUCUCACAACUUACGGUCUUGCACCUUACGGUCUUACACCUUACGGUCCCACAACUUACGGUCUUACACCUUACGGUCUUACACCUUACGGUCUUACAACUUACGGUCUUACACCUUAUGGUCUUACACCUUACGGUCUUACACCUUACAGUCUUACACCUUAAGGUCUUACAACUUACGGUCUUACACCUUACGGUCUUACAUCUUACGGUCUUACAACUUACAGUCUUACACCUUACGGUCUCACAACUUACGGUCUUACACCUUACGGUCUUACACCUUACGGUCUUACACCUUACGGUCUUACACCUUACGGUCUUACAACUUACGGUCUUACACCUUACCGUCUUACAACUUACCGUCUUACACCUUACCGUCUUACAAUUUACGGUCUUACACCUUACGGUCUUACAACUUACGGUCUUACACCUUAUGGUCUUACACCUUACGGUCUUACACCUUACAGUCUUACACCUUAAGGUCUUACAACUUACGGUCUUACAACUUACGGUCUUACACCUUAUGGUCUUACACCUUACGGUCUUACACCUUACGGUCUUACACCUUAGGGUCUUACAACUUACGGUCUUACACCUUAUGGUCUUACACCUUACGGUCUUACACCUUACAGUCUUACACCUUAAGGUCUUACAACUUACGGUCUUACAACUUACGGUCUUACACCUUAUGGUCUUACAACUUACGGUCUUACACCUUAUGGUCUUACACCUUAUGGUCUUACAACUUACGGUCUUACACCUUAUGGUCUUACACCUUAAGGUCUUACACCUUACGGUCUUACAACUUACGGUCUUACACCUUAAGGUCUUACAACUUACGGUCUUACACCUUACGGUCUUACACCUUAUGGUCUUACACCUUACGUUCUUACACCUUAUGGUCUUACACCUUACGGUCUUACAACUUACGGUCUUACACCUUACGGUCUUACACCUUACGGUCUUACACCUUAUGGUCUUACACCUUACGGUCUCACACCUUACGGUCUUACACCUUACGGUCUUACAACUUACGGUCUUACACCUUAUGGUCUUACAACUUACGGUCUUACACCUUACAGUCUUACACCUUAAGUCUUACACCUUAUGGUCUUACACCUUACGGUCUUACACCUUACCGUCUUACACAUUACGGUCUUACAACUUACAGUCUUACACCUUAUGGUCUUACACCUUACGGUCUUACACCUUACCGUCUUACACAUUACGGUCUUACAACUUACGGUCUUACACCUUAUGGUCUUACACUUUACGGUCUUACACCUUAUGGUCUUACACCUUACGGUCUUACAACUUACGGUCUUACACCUUAUGGUCUUACACGUUACGGUCUUACACCUUACCGUCUUACACCUUACCGUCUUACACCUUACCGUCUUACACCUUACGGUCUUACAAUUUACGGUCUUACACCUUAUGGUCUUACACCUUACGGUCUUACAUCUUAUGGUCUUACACCUUAUUGUCUUACAACUUACGGUCUUACACCUUACGGUCUUACAACCUACGGUCUUACACCUUAUGGUCUUACACCUUACGGUCUUACAACUUACGGUCUUACACCUUACGGUCCUACACCUUACGGUCUUACACCUUAUGGUCUUACACCUUACGGUCUUACAACUUACGGUCUUACACCUUAUGGUCUUACACCUUACCGUCUUACAACUUACCGUCUUACACCUUACCGUCUUACAAUUUACGGUCUUACACCUUAUGGUCUUACACCUUACGGUCUUACAUCUUAUGGUCUUACACCUUACGGUCUUACAACUUACAGUCUUACACCUUACGGUCUUACAACUUACGGUCUUACACUUUACGGUCUUAUUUCUUUGUUACGUCAUCCAGAUAUUUGUCAAAACAAGGGAUGGUAA